GCAAACUUGUCCAGGCACGCCUUAGCCCUGUUGGCUCUGUACAAGUUGCCAUGCUCAGACAUUUCUCACUUGCCUCCAGAGGCACAGCUCGUAUUCAAACAAGCGCAAUCGUCAACGAAUUGUUAGGUAACAAUACAUUUGGCUGCAGGCGAGCGCCGGCCGCUGCCUCGGCGUCCGCAUGCUCGCUGGCGGUUCACCGUGCGAGCACAUGCGCUUGUCAGUCAAUCAAUUCCAGCUCAUGCAGCUCAUCUGGGUCAACACUCAGCUGGAGUCCUCGUGCGACGGCGGUAUGCGCUGAUGCUUCGGGUCACCGUGUUCUAGGUGUUGGGGCGCCGCAGCUCGCGGACCGGCCACACCGAGGCGCCGGCCUGCGCACCGCAGCUACGUCUGCCAGCGAUGCCGCACCCCCUGCAUCUUCAUCGGAUGCACCUAGCAGCACUAGCAGUAGCAGCAGUAGACCUGCCGCCGGCCCAGCUGGGGCUUCCACGGGGACCCCCUCGAAGCCGCGCGGCCCCAAGCAGCGCAUGCGCCUGGACGAGUACUGCCUACAGCUGGCGCCGCAGUACAGCCGCAAUGUCAUCCAGUCCUUCAUCCUACAGGGCAAGGUUCGUGUGGCGGACAAAGUGGUGACUAAGGCGGGGACGCCAGUGGUGGUAGGCCCGGGUGGGCCGGUGGUGGUCAUUGACGCCGACGAGCCCAAGUACGUGUGCCGUGCCGGACUCAAGAUGGAGAAGGCGCUGGCGCACUGGGGCAUUGACGUGCGCGGUCUGGUGGCACUGGACUCGGGCCAGUCCACGGGGGGCUUCACCGACUGCCUGCUGCAGAACGGCGCCAAGAAGGUGUACGGCAUAGACGUGGGCCACAACCAGCUGCACGACCGCAUCCGGCGGGACGAGCGGGUCGUGGUGAUGGAGAAGUUCAACCUGAGGCACCUGGCGCCGCAGCACCUGCUCGAGAUGGUGGACAUCGCCACCCUGGACCUGUCCUUCAUCUCAGUGCUGCUGGUGAUCGGCGCCGUCACGUCCGUGAUCAAGCCGGCGGGCGGGCAGCUGGUGGUGCUCAUCAAGCCGCAGUUCGAGGCGGGCCGGGGGCAAGUGGGCCCGGGCGGCGUGGUGCGAGACCCCAAGGUCCACGCCGAGGUGAUCCAGCGCGUCACCGCCGGCAUCGCCGCACACGGCUACCAGCUGGUGGGGGUGACGGAGAGCCCCAUCAAGGGCGACAAGAGCGGCAACACCGAGUUCCUGGCCUACUUCCACAGGAGGCCGGAGGCGGCCACCGCGGCCGCGGCGGCGCAGGCGGUGGCGGCGGCCGAGGCUGCGGCCGUGGGCAUGGAGGUGUAGCGCUGGGCGCGGGGAGGCGGGCAGGGCGCUUGCUUCGUGGUGUGCGGGGGGGGGGGGUACAUUCAUGAUUAGUUAAGGAAGUGGUAGACGGUAGACCAUCUUGCGGGGGGGGCGCAGUCAUACCGGCUACAUGUGGACCGGCGAUCCUGACACGGCUACUGUAGGUGGCGCAGGCUGGCGCAGACAGGGAAGGCCGAUGUGUGGGCACGUGAAUGUAUGGGCGGUUUGGAGGAGGGAGGGCGGAACCCUUGGGGGCUUCUGUUAUCCCGGCUUUGGGACUCUUGGGAGUCUUGGCUCACGGCUAUUGUUAUCUCUUGGC